CUAAAAGAGCUCCGUGCAGGGGAAGCUAUUAUAUACCUGGGGCAAAGCCUAAACUAGGGGCAACCCACACCAAAUAACCUCCAAACGACCCACAACAUGGGCAAGGCUAAAAAGAAAGCGUCACCGAUGAAAAUGACAGCUUUUUACCCGAAAACAGGUUCGCAGGUAGACGCAUACUCCUCAUCCCAAGAUGGCGCCGACUCGAAUAGCAGCAGUCCGACGCGCAUCACAGAGGGUACAGAUCGGAUAUCCAGGCCGAUUUUAAAAACGCAAUGGCGGAACUCAACCAUGAGGUUAGGCAACUAGAAGGCCGCACUGACCACCUGGAAAACAAAAUGGCAGAACUUGUAAGCUCCCACAACGAGCUCAUAGACGCAAACAGCACACUAGAAAGCGAAGUAGACAAACUAACAAAUAAACUGGCCGACAUUGAGGACAGGAACAGGAGAAACAACCUCAGAAUUAGAGGUGUACCGGAGCAAAUAAAAAUGGAGGAUUUAAAUCACUACCUCACAGAAAUGCUCCAAACUUUACUGCCACAAGAAAAACUUGAGCACUUGCUAGUGGACAGAGCCCACAGAUUACCUCGCAACAAAAAUGCACCCCCCGGUGCACCUAGAGAAGUCAUACUAAGACUUCACUUUUACCAUAUAAAGGAACUAACGUUAAACGCUUUCCGCAAUAAACAGGAACUGCCAGACAAAUAUACCACACUCCAAUGCUACCCUGACCUAUCUGCACAUACUAUGAAAAAACGUAAAGACUUUGCACAAGUAACAGUAAUACUGAGAGAGGCAGACAUACCAUAUAGAUGGCUAUUCCCAGUAAAGCUAAGAGUAGUGUAUAAAGACACUCCAUACAUAAUGGACACACCACAGCAAGGGAACCAUCUACUAAAACAGUGGUCACUACUACCACCACAAGAAACGCCGCAAAAACAACCACCAAAAAAGCAAAGACUUCAACAAGAAUGGCAAACUACCAAAAAUAGCCACAAGAGGGCCCCAAGCAUAAGCACAAUACUAGAACAAGUAGACCAAGAAAACAAUGAAAAUACAUGAACCUCAACACAAACUUCUGAGGCACACAAAACAAAGUUUUGACCCCACAAAGAUACCAUUUGCGCAAUCUCCCCCUGCACCAGCGUAAAUAAGACCACCAUCUGCACCCCCCACCUUGGCUUGGCAAAACCAGCGACUAACUCCAGACACAAAGCAAAA